AUGAAUGCAGUGACCUAUAAUGAUGUGCAUGUCAACAUUAUUCAGGAAGAGUGGGCAUUGAUGGAUCCUUCACAGAGGAAUCUCUACAAAGAUGUGAUGCUGGAGACCUAUGUGAACCUCACUGCUAUAGGCCACAAUUGGGAAGUUCUUGAAGAUGAAGAACAUUGUCAAAGUUCUCAAAAACAUGGAAGGCAUGAAAGAGGUCAUACUACAGAGAAAUCAUCUGAACACACUCAGUGUGGUCAAGUCUUUGUACAUCACAGUCAUGCUCCAAAGCAUGAAAGAACACAUACUGGAGAGAAACCGUAUCAAUGUAAGCAGUGUGGUAAAACCUUUGCUCAUCACAAUACUCUUCAAUCGCAUGAAAGAACACAUACUGGAGAGAAACCCUUUGAAUGUAGUCAGUGUGGGAAAGCCUUUGCUCAUCAUAGUACUCUUCAAUCACAUAAAAGAACGCAUACUGGAGAGAAACCCUAUGAAUGUAAUCAGUGUGGGAAAGCCUUUGCUCAUAACAGUACUCUUCACAGGCAUGAAAGAACACAUACUGGAGAGAAA